AUGAACGGCGAACCCCCGGCCAGACUGCUGGCCACGGCCGCAACCUUCCCGUCGGCCAAGCGCGCCCUCAGCGGUGAUCGAGAGAUGCCCAAGCGCUCAGAGCUGAUUGACUACAACUACGCCGUCGCCGGACAUGCUGGUACAUUGUGCGAUGCCGACGGCGAGCUGUUCAUCAAGCCUUGCACCAAGGCCGAGAUCGACUUCUACGAGUCCGCCCACGUUUUACACCCUGAUUUCGCCGAGCUGAUGCCACUCUACUACGGUAGUCUGGCGCUGACGGAGAACACCACCGAGGAGAUGAUCCACGCCGCCAUCCCGGCCAUCGUCGAGAACGCAGACGUGCCUGCCGCCAUCAAGGAGGAGGUCCAGUCGCAUCUUCACCUGGACCAGCGCCCUGCCGUCUCGCCCGGUCCCGAGAUCCAUGUCCAGCGCGCGGCCACCCUUCCCGUCCCCGUCCCCUCGGACGGCGUGACCUGGGUUCCGAACAAGAGCCGCAAGAUCACGACGGACCGCGCCAUUGUUCUCCAGAACUCGAGCUUCGGCUACAAGAAGCCCAAUAUCAUGGACGCCAAGCUGGGCCUGCGGCUGUGGGCCGACGAUGCGCCGCUGGAGAAGAGGCAGCGCUUCGACGAGAUUGCGCAGACGACGACCCACAAGAAGUACGGCUUCCGCGUCGCCGGCAUGCGCGUCUACAAGGGCUCCACAGACCCCUCAGAGCUGGACGACGAGGACUUCAAGGUGUACGACAAGUACUGGGGCCGGGAUACGGUCAAGGAAGAGAAUGUGGGCGAGAUGCUCAAGAAGCACUUUGUCUUUGUUGAGAGCGCGGGCAUCGACGCCGAACUGGGCAAGCUGGUCGCGCAGGCCUUCACGGCCGAUCUGAGGCGCGUGCAGGAGGUGCUCGAGGCCAACGAGAGCCGCAUGUACUCGGCGAGUCUGCUCUUCGUAUUCGAGGGCGAUGGCGAGGCGCUCAGGGCCGCCAUGGAAGAGACCACGGCCAUGGAACAGGAGCGGGCAUCCCGGAAGGAGAACAGAGCGUCAGUACACGAAAAGGAUUCAGGCCCCGGGCUAUGCGCUAACCUCCGGGUGGAUAGCGGCAUCGGCAUGGACAACGAGGGCAAUGCCGUGUUUGACGCGGUUGUUGGCGAUGACAUGUCGGACAUUUCGGAUGAUUCAGAGGAGUUCUCGAGCCAGCCCAGCAUUUACAGUCUGAGACUCAUCGAUUUUGCGCAUGCCAAGUUUGUGCCUGGCCAGGGCCCCGACGAGAACGUUCUACUUGGCGUACGGAGUCUGGUCCAGCUUUUCGACGACAUGUCUAAAUGA